UCGACCAGCGGCAGUCUCCUUUCAUUGUCUCAAUGGCUGCACACGCAUUCCUCCUCUGCUCCCUGGCCUUGCUGUCUGCUCUCAGCCGGCCUGGGCUCUCCUUCACGGAGGAAGAGAUGCAGGUGGGACUCACCUAUGAUGAAGUGCCUGAAAUCCUGGACCGAAGCAAAGUGAACCCACAACAAGCAACAAGAGUCACAGCAAGUCAAGAUGGUGGGUACGGAUUACAGAGUGAAGAGGUUUUUUUGACGCCUGAAGAUGAAAACCCUCUCAGGAGAAUACUGCAGCCUUUUAAAUGGGAUCAUGUGGCAUUGUCUACCAGUAAGAGGAAGCUGCUGCAGUCUCUGAUGGGGCCUUAUGGCCCACUGAGCGUAUCUUACAAUGGGAAGACCUGCAUUCUGUUUAAGGCAAAGCGCCUGGCAAUCCGGUACAGGAACCACACAUUUAUCGAUCUGACUGAGAGGGUCUUCAACCCCAACUCACCUGUGGACACUAAAGGCUCCAUCUGCACCAAAGAAAAAGCUAUACUCUCAUUAAGGUUUGGUGACGUAGAAGACUUACGAGGUCUAGUAAUCAGGCUUCAGAUGUCAAACACCUUCUAUGAGGCAGCUGGUCAAAACUGGUUCACGCUAGACAGCGUUCACAUCCACUACAACUGGACGCAGGAGGCCACGUUCAACGCCAGCGAGGUCUACGCUCCUGCCACUUCAUCCUACCAUUGCCAGCACGUCAGCAGCCUGCACAAAUAUGACACCCUGCUAGUGCCCAGCUCCCACACUGACACAUCCGCUAACUGGCACAUCACUUUCACUGAUUUCCAGAUCCAGGCCUUCAAUGUGCAGUCAGAUAAGUUUGCCUCGGCCAGUGACUGUGCCACUUUCCUGACGCCAGCCAUCCUUAUGGGCUUGGUAACAUCUUUGAUCCUGCUCCUGGUCUUAGCCUACGCCCUACACAUGGUGGUACACCUCAAGCACAUCGACCGCUAUGAGGAGCACAAAGCCACCGUCUACUUUCCCCGCAGCCCAGAGGCAGAGUUGCCUGACAAAAACAGCCUGUGAAGGAAAAAGAAGAGCUGGAGGACAACAGGGGGGAGAGAUAGAGAGAGGGGAAGCUAAGAAGAAAAGCUGAAGGGAGUGCAAGUGAUGAAAAGAGUGAAAAAGUAUCCUCCACAGAAUAUUUGUUCAACAAAAAGACAACCUUGCCUGUUCUUAUGAAACCUUGUAAGUCUUAACUUAUUCAGUAAACGCAGACCUUGCUUGGAUACUUUUUCAUCUUUCCUCAUUGUUCUGCAUCUUGGCAUCCAUAUUUCUCAUAAGGCCUUUGGAUGUUCAAGCCCUCCCUGAGAGACAUGAAUGGUCAAAGGAGGACUGCCCCAGGGCCCUGAAGGGCGACAGCAUUUACAGGCCUUUACCCCAGUCAGCCAUUAAAACCACAAAAGACUAGCACUUGUAGCUAAUACAGCUAACAUUAGACGCUCCUUGAUUAUAUGUAUGUAUUACACUGCUCUCAAGUGUCAAAUUACAAGCUUCCAUCACAUACAUUGUCGUUCCAGCUUUCAUUACAGUGUACUUUGUCUAAUAUUGCUGCGAGAAAUAUAUGCUUCAAACGGCCAGCUUUAUUGCUGAAAUAGCCGUAUUAGCUGCAUGCCAUAAAAAGGCUGGUCUAUCUCGGCUAGCACAGUGUUUCCUGACAGAAAGGAUUACAGAGAGUCUUGCAUGAGUUGCGGCCUAAAAAAUACGACACAGAGAAGAGGGAGCUUGAAAAGCUAAGGAGUGUAAGCAGGGAAAACAUUGGGAACCACUGGGCUAGCACUGGCUGGAGUGAAUGGACUAGCUCGCACCUCUGGCCCUUCAGAGCCUCUCGCGUCUCUCACCCCGCCCCUGAAAAAGACUGCUGCUUGGGACUUAACUGUGAAACGGCCUUUUACAGACCAGCCAGACAAAGGGGGUUCUACAAACUAGCACAACACUAGUUAGUUGCGAAAGCACUAACUAACAAACUAUCAAAGACUUAUACAAGGAACUAUGCUGCACACGACUGCCCGACUGAGGGCAUGGCAGGAAUGCGGGUCUUACGAUGACUUGUCUCUCUGAGAGUCAAGCGUUGGGACAAGGGGGAGGCCAUGGGUCCUCCAUCCACACCACUGGGUUUGACUGCCAAAGCUUCAAAGGAGUUGCCAUAAAAUAUGGUGAGAGACAGAGUGAGACAAUGUGAAAAACCGAGAGCUAACCGUUACAGCUAUGUACAAAACAAAAACACAUACAUGUACAGAAGUGUCACUCUACGGAGGUCCUUUUUUAUAUAUGAUGUAAUCAUGAAAUACUAUUAGGUACAGGAUGACUAUGCUAAUCCUCAUAACCAAAAGGAUAUUCAAAGCUGUAGAUAACAUUAAGAUUCUCUAUACGAUCAUAGCUGUUUACUAUCUUCAAAUAUUGCACAACUAAUAAACAUAGGUACAAGUAAGACAUUGUGCUAUGAGGAUUGGUGAAAGUAUCAUUGCAUAUGAUUUUUCUACAAAGUAUUAACGUAUUACAAUGUCUGUCUUAUUUGUUUUAACAUGGGCCAGACAACGUGCGGUCCAGUUUCAUCUAACUGUAAAUUACAGUACAAAUCCCUACCAUAGAAGGACAAUACUAUGGAAUGCCGUCCACCCAUUGGGACUUAUAGAUGCCAUUAUUAUGCCAGAAGCCACACUAGCAGCAGUAACAGCAUCAGUAAGUCAUUACUACUGAUUAAAACACUCAGCAUGACAGUAAAUAGAUAUCUUAACAUUCGAUAUGGCAGUUCUGUCAAUCUGUAGCAGUGUGAAAUGUGUUCUUUGGUCAUAAAUGUAUCCUACAAACUAUGAAAUGAGUGGAGGCAGUUUGUCCAAGGACCGACUGAUGUAGAUUGAACAAUAAAUGAU